UGAAAGAAGAACUCUUACAAGCUUUUCAGGCUAAGAACUCUGUAAUUUGCCCAUAAUUAUGUCAGUGAUGAAGGAUAUAACCAAUUUAAGCUCAAACUUGACAGCAAGCGGCCACGAAAGCUCUCCGGAGAGGGACAUCUUCGUUUCUUUGGCCUCUCCAAGCUCGAGAAAGAGAACCGCGAAACAUGUGCAAGAGAGCAUGCAGAGAUUUCUACAAAAGUCCGAAACCCUUGGAAGUACCAGCAAUGAGGACGAAAUCAGCGAAGGUGAAGCAGAUGGUGGAGUAAAUUCAGUGUUUAUGACUCCCGAAACACCAAACGAAGGCCCUCCAAAAGUGAGCAAACCGAAACGAAAGAAGCUUCGUCUUGGAGGAAGCCCUCGUAGCGGGAGUCAGUCGCCCGCUUUAUCUGUGACUCUUAACGGACUAACCAAGGCUCAACUGAUCGGUUUAUUGGAAACUCUAGUGGCAGAAAGACAUCCAGAUCUUGAACAGGAAUUACGAAGCCUUAUCCCUGAACCAGACCUAACAGAAUUUGAAGAAAAGCUGAAGCGCUUGCAAAGAAACAUUUACAAAUCCUUCCCGUACACUCGUUAUGGCUCGUCGCGAGAUGCUUUUUGUUAUCGCCGAGUGAACACGCAUCUUACCACUUUCAAGAAAGAAUGUGUUGCCCAAGGCCAGAUUUUACUCAACUCACAGCUUUGGGAAUCAACUUUGAACUAUGUUCUGAUGGCCUGGGAUUAUGUUGAGGGAAUGCCAGACUGGGACAAUCCAGCACACAACAAAAGCAAAGAACAGUGCUUUCAAGCCCUGGCGGUCCAGUGUAAAAAAUCUCUCAUGAAACUAAAGAGCAGCCUCUCAGAAGACAAAUGUUCAGGUCUGCUUGAAAGGAUGAAAACUGCCAGUGAGCUAAAUAACCAAAUACAGCCUUGUGUUGACCAGCUAACUAUAAUGAAGUCAAAAUUUUAGAUACAAUUGACAUAAUUAAAAUCUCCAUUUUUAUUCCUUUUGAAAUUAAGAUGUCAGUUUUGUAUGGAAUUUUGGUAUCUGUGUCCAGAACUUAAUGAAAAAAAAUUGGGUGUUUAGGAGAUGCUGUACUUUGCAUACUGGUUCCUGUUUGUAUUUGAUGUAUUGAUAGAAAAUUUUAUAUUUUUAUUAUAAAGAAAGUGAUGGAGUACUUUUGUAAAUUUUCAUGCUGAGUGUGGCUUUAAGUAUUGUAAAAAAUAUGAAAUAAACAAUCUUGAA